AUGAUUAGUGAAAUUAAUACAUCUGGUAUUUAUCCUUUGCAAAAUCUAAGUGUUUUAAAACGUAUUGGUGAUGAGAAGAAAGUAGAAUGGGCACGUCAUUAUAUCAAAAUUGACCUUGACGGCAAAUGGAGAAUUGACUUAACUAAAUACUCAUUUAUUACAAAUUUUGAAGAAAAACUAAAUGCUAUAGAUGCAUUUAAAGCAGCCCAUCCAAAUCAACAACCUGAUUGUCCAAAAAAAGAAAGAGCAUACAAAAAUUAA